AACGCAUUCGCGACAACCCUGAAGAUUUUUAUUAUGGAGAACUAGCCAAAGAUAUUGUCCAAGACGUCAAGGAUGGUGGCGGAAUUUUUACUUUGGACGAUUUGAAGAACUACAGAGUCAAAUUCAAGACACCAUUGAGCGGGACUUUAGGAGACUACACUUGGUACUCCACGCCUCCCCCAGGGAGUGGGGCUGUGCUGAGCUUAAUCCUUAACAUUUUAAAAGGAUAUAACAUGACGGCUCACGAUCGAGAAGGUCUAAACAACUCAGUCCUGACAUAUCACAGAAUAGUGGAAGCGUUCAAGUUUGCCUAUGCUUACAGAGCGUUGCUGGGUGACGAGGACUUUGCCAAUGUUACCGAGAUCGUUAAGAACAUGACCAACGCCGACUUUGCCGAAUCUCUACGCCAGAACAUUUGGGACAACAAAACAUUCAAUGAUUCCACGUACUAUGGCAACUUCUAUCUCAACUCGAGUCAGCAGGGAACUACCCACUUGUCUGUGAUCGCAGAAAAUGGCGACGCUGUUUCUGCCACCAUGACGAUAAAUCUCUACUUUGGAUCGAAAUAUCGAUCUACCAGGACUGGCAUUAUCUACAACAACGAGAUGGACGAUUUUUCGACUCCAGGUAAAAAGAACGCGUUUGGAGUGGAACCGUCUGAAUCAAACAUGAUCUACCCUGGAAAACGGCCCCAGUCUUCCACCGCUCCCACGAUAUUUCUGGACAAGGACGGCGUGGUUCGCUUAGUUAUCGGAGCAUCUGGUGGAACGAAAAUAACCACUGCUAUUUCUUUAGUCACCAUGAAUUACCUCUGGUUCAACCGAACUCUACCUCAAGCUGUAGUCGAUCCCAGGCUCCAUCAUCAGUUGCUUCCCAUGUACAUUCGCAUUGACAAAGAUUACCCCAUGCCCCUCGCCAUCCAAGAAGGACUACAAAAGCUUGGGCACGAGGUUAAGAACGUAAGUGGUUAUGCAGUCGUGCAGGCCGUGGCCAGAAACAAGGAUGGAACACUCACAGGCAAAUCCGACCCUAGGAAGAGCGGCUGGGCCGCUGGAUACUGAUCAAGUGAACCUUGUCACGUUGCUGUGUAUAUAUUACUAAACGCCUAGUUUGCUUCGCCCUCCAAAUAGCCUCCCCGAUGAUAAAGGGGCUGGACUCCUUAGUCAUUAAAUUCAACUAAACUAAAGUAGCCAGGUCACGUAUGAAGCUUUUUGGAACUGUGAGAUUACAUUUUUCAAGUACAUUGUUCGUGUCCGUCUCAUAGUGCCCCAAUUUUUACCAUCGCUGUUCUAUUUUUUAAGUUUUUCCAACUUGGUAAACUAUUGUUUUGAAGUCUGGUUUGAUAAAGUAAGCAAGUAAAUUUUACAUCUUGGUAAAUUUCGUCGCCGCCCUCUGCAAAACAAGCCAAAUUUAUGGUAUCGCGCCUCCUUUGAGAGACGAUCCUUAUCACAAUAAGAUUAUUUUCUGUUUGAAAAUUUAUAAAGCUUCAAGUUUGGGAAUAUUUCGUCGGGUCAGCUUUAAAAAAUUGAAAAUUAAGCGACUUUGUUUGGAUUUCGAGGGCACUGUUACUGUUUAAAAUAUGACGAACAGAUCACAGUCCAGUGAAACAUCAAAUUUUAAAAGUUUCCCUUUUCGUGAAAUAAAGUUAAGUUCUUUAUUACAUAAAAAAUAAAACCUUGGAGGAAGCCCACUUUAAAAUUUUUAGCUCGAGGCAGAAACAGUUAUACAGAUGUGAUAAACCAUUCAAGCUUUGAAAUAUAGAGCUUUAGAAUGAGCGCUUAUUAAAUAAACUUGUUACUUGUUUCAUA